UCAGGACAUCACUGGAAUCACCCCCCAGUAAACCUGUGAAGACUUGAUACUUUUCGGAGAAAAAAGAGGAGCACAUUGGCUUAGUUUCAAAUACGGAAAACGGUUCUUAAGCUUAGAUUACAAAAUCCUUUUCAUGCGCCGCUAGGUGUCACUACACCACUUGGCCACCUUCCAUUUGCUUCCCAAUUCCUUCUUCACCGAAUAUUUAUGGUACCAGAAAAUUAACCCUAACACUGCCCAAAUCCUGGAAGCCUUGUACCAAAUCUUUGUUCUAAAGCAAUGGAUUCCCUAAAGAAAAAGGGGAAGAUGACUGCCAUUUUUACCAACCCUAAAACCAGCGAUAUGGACAACAUGGUUAUGCGGCAGACAUGCACCACUCCGUGUUGUUUCUUUUGUAUCAUGAAAGAGCCAGAACCAUCUCUCAGAAGAGCUGGAAUAGCAAGUUGUUUCAAGGAAAUGCCUCUCAACAGAGAUGACCAACAACAUGUUUUGGUGCUGAGUGGUCUCUGGAAUAUUGCCAUGACGCAGCCAGAUGAUCCAGAGUUCCCAUCCCUCGGCAUCUUUGACUGCAUGGCAAGUUUCAUUGACAAAGGAAUCAAUGAUAGAAGCUGGCUUCUUAGGGACCAGAACAUUUACAUUCCUUACUAUGCUGCUCAUGUCAUUGGUUCUUAUACUAUGAACAAGGUGGAGUAUGCAGAGAAAGCUGUCCUGGCAGGUGUGAUACCUCCAUUAAUGGAGCUUCUAAGAGGAAAGAUAAGUUGGGUUGAGCAAAGAGUUGCGGUUCGAGCUCUUGGUCACCUUGCAAGCUAUGAUAAAACCUUUGAAGCAGUAGCAGCUUACGAAGAGGAGGUGGUGAGACUAGGUAUGCACUUGGCUUCUAAUUGUUUGGAUGAAGUGUAUGUUAAGUUUGUAGGUGUGAAGGGUAAGAGUAAGAGGUCAAGAUAUCACUGUGACUUGCUUACAAGAGGAGUUGGUGGUUUAGAAAUGGAGAACCGAAAGGCUGAAGAAUGGGCUAGUCAGCUCCAGUGCUGGUCUCUCUAUCUUCUCAACUGCUUUGCUUGCAAAGAGAGAUCUUUGAAUCUUAUUUGUAAGCAAGAGUUUUUGACAGAUUUGUCUGGAAUGUGGGGUGGAUUGGGAAAUCACUCAUCACCAGCUGGGGUGGGACUGAUCAGAAUUUUGUGCUACAGUAAAUAUGGAAGAAAAAGCAUCUCUGAAUCUAAGGAGGUCAUAAAGUAUCUAUGUCAUCUCUCGAGAUCAUCAGAUGAUUGGCAGUACAUGGGCAUUGAUAGCUUUCUAUUGCUUCUCAAAGACACAGAUACAAGGUACAAGGUUAUUGAAAUUGCCACCAUGUUUCUCAUCGAUUUGGUAGAACUCAAAAGCCUUGGAGACAGAUCAUGCUUAGGUGAAACAAUCGCAGAAGCCCUCCUCUUAGAUUAUAAACAAAACAAAUUUAGAAUCAAGAACAGCCAAGUUCAAAAGGCGCUACAGGAAACAUGGGAGUUAAAGGUAGAAAGGAGAAAGAGAGAGAAAACUAUGUCUGAGGAAAAACUUGAAGAGAGAAGGGACUUAGCAAACCUGAUAAAGCAACAAGCAAACCAUAGGUUCUGGUUAGGAGAUGUAGAAGCAGCAGUAAAGAGCUAUACUGAAGCAUUAGAUGCAUGCCCUUUGAAGCUUAGAAAAGAGAGAAUGGUUCUCUACAGUAAUAGAGCUCAGUGUUAUUUGCUACUUAGGGACCCUGACGCCGCCAUUAGAGACUCAACUCGAGCUCUUUGCCUCUCCAAUCCUACAAAUUCUCAUGGUAAAAGUCUUUGGAGAAGAUCACAGGCUUAUGACAUGAAGGGAUUGGGUAAAGAGAGCUUAAUGGACUGUAUAAUGUUCAUCAUUAAUGGUCGCAUCUACUCAGAGACUAACAAGCGUGUGAAGAUUCCAUACUAUGCAGCUCGUAUGAUCAGCAAACAGAUGGGUGUCACAUGGCUGUUUGCCAAUGCCCACUCGAAGGCCACAAUCAGUCAUCUGAGAAAAGUACAGGAAUCAAACGAUGAUUAUGAGAUAAAUAGCAAUGAGGAUCAGCAAGAAUAUGACGAAAUGAUGAGAAUGAUGAAGGAGAAGAAAAGUAUUGCAUCUGGUGAGCAUAUACUUGAUUAUCAUAAAGUAGCACAGUCAUCACUGCAACUCAAUCUUCCGAAAAUUCAAAUGGUUAUAUAUAUAGUAGUACCUUUAGCUUUCGUGAGUGUAGUGUUUCAUGACUUUUUGCUGUGGAAUGCCAGUGGUGUUGCCAGUGGAUCUUUUAUAUUUUUCAGAACAUUUUACGCACUAAUCCCUGUCUGGUAUAUGUAUAAUGACCGGAGUGCAUCCAUUCAAGUCAUCGCCUCUAGGGUUGUACGGUUGUUUUUUGAAUCUAAGGCUUGUUUUAAGCUAUGGACCAUAUCUCCAAUUGAGGCUGCUCAUAGCUUAGGAUCUUACCUAAGGUUAUUUCGUCUCUUUCUCGGUUUCCCCAUUAUUCAUAGAUUAUGCAGUGUUCUACUUGGGCUAAAGCCCGAGUUCCUGAAGCCCAACCUUGCAUCUUAUUGGGCUGAUUUUAAUAGAAGAUAUUCUAUUCCUUCGGAUGCUGAUUUGAUUCGAUUUGAUAUCGGCGGCGAUGGAUCCUUGCGCGAGAAAUGA